AUGUCACAGGCAAUGUGCACUCUCUUUGCCAAUCAGACGCACCAGACACUAUCCAUUAGCCACAAAGACAUCUACCACACUCUCAAGGCUAUCGGACGGCCAGGCUGCCAGGUAACCGAGGCAAUGGCGUUGCAGUUUGUCAAGAUGUAUAUAUUCUCGUGCGAUCCCCACUAUGUCCAGUCGCUUCGCGAUUUCAAGACACCACUGUUGACAAUGGCAGCUGGAGUCAACUCUGCAUCAUUCCUAAAGUCAAUGCGAGAGAUGCUAAAGGUGGGCAUCGAUGGUCGUAAUCUGCCUCAGUACCUGACAGCGGCAAUCAGUUGUGGAUGUGCAGAGAAUAUCAGAUCACUGUGUGACCACGCCCACUUUGCAAGACAUAGAUACCUUAACAACAACAUGGAGUUGAUCAAGUUGACCUUGUCCACGGGCUCACUGGCCACGAUAAAAGCUCUGAUCGAGUGUGUUAUAGACGAUCACAUUACUAAAGCUCAUUGUGUAAAUGCAAUGGACAACACAAUAGAGGUGUUUGAGUAUGUCUUUAACAAGUUCGGCAAGCACUUGGACAGUUUCUUGGAUGACGCUUGUUUGAAGGACAAACCAGAGGUGUUUGCAAUAAUCAAACAGUCAAGUAUCAAGCUCAGUCUUCAACAUAUUCACUUGGCGGCAUCUUCCAACUCGUACAAAGUACUGGAGUUCCUCUUGUUUACCUGGCUAGAGUCACCAUUCAACAACCAAGCACCCAAACUACGUCUACGCACUUUCCAAUCAAUACUCAACCUUGGCUACUUCUUGGGACACACACGGAUCAUUCACAUGUGCAACUCAAUCAUCAAAGAUAUCAAAGUUGAUGAUAAGAUUUCACUGCAUCAAGAUGUGAUCAUGGCUGAGCCAUCUCCAACAUCAUCACGCAUGUCAACGGCAUUCCAUCAAGUAUUCUGUGACAGACGAGUUGGGAUAAUUAUCAUGAGAAUGAUUGGUAGUAUAUACAGGACAACACUUGGAGUCAAGGAUGAAAAACUAAUCAAGGGCAAGCAACUAGUUGAGAGUGACACACUUCUCGACUACAUCAAGUAUGGUGCCAAUGAUUGGUUCCUCAAGGGAUACAACUCUGUUGCCAAUAUCUAUCCGAUGAGCAGUCGUUUGCCAAUGUAUGCAUUCAUAUAUGCAGAGUCGGACAUCCUCAACACUCUCCUGGCCAACACCAACAUGACAUUUGCCGACGAUGAUCAAUCACAUGAGACUGUGUUGGAGGCCUUCAUCGAGCAGAAUGCACGGUGCAAACGACCUGGCUGGGAGCAGUGCAUCGAUCUGCUCAUGGUAAACACCAGUCGAUGCAUGUUACCGAUUGAUGAGGAGCUCAUAUCCAAGAUCCAACAUCCAGCACUCCUCAGCAAGAUGCUCAACAUCAGUGACACCACGCUGCCGAUCAACGAUCACAUUGUCAAGGUGUUCUUCAGUCAAACCAUUGUCAACCCUAAAGCAGUAGACAUGGCGCAACUCAAGAGAUACACCGACCUGUCAUCCUCUCCAAUGAAUCGAUUGCUGCACACUAAACUCAACAAUCUUAAGCCAAAGAAUGACCACUUUCAAACGCUAGCAAUUAGUCUAUUCUAUCAAAGUGGCAGUGAUGGAGAUAUGGAGACAUUUGAGAGGUUUAUUCGAGGCACUCCAAAAAUGGACGAGGUUCUCCUUAUAGCACUGGUGGCAACAUUCCAAACUGCACUCAAACAUGGACAUAUUGGCAUGGUCAAAAGGAUACAUGAGAUCAUCACUUCUAGCGAAGGUGUAGUCCUCCAUCAAACUUAUCGACCACUAUUUUUGAUGGCACAGCCACUACUCGUUGGAGAUAUGGAUAGCGUCAACUUCUUGCUUGCAUUGCCCAUUGAAGAUGAACCCGAGAGUGAUGAGGACGAUGAUUAUUAUGAUAGUGAUAGUGAAGAUAGCGAUGAUAGGGUGAGCAAGCAAGUGGAUAUCAUGGACAUCAACGAGAGUAUCCUCUCUCUUGACUUGUUGAAGCGUCUGAUGUUACGCCCCAGUGUGAACACUUCAUUCUGCUAUGUCAUGGCGCGUGCCAUACUCAAGCGUGACCAGGACAUCAUCAACUAUUUGGAACACAACUUUGACCAAUUCCAAACAGACUAUCGCUAUGCCCUUGGUGCUGCAUCAUCAAUUGGUGACGUAGCCACAGCCAAGACUAUAUUGGCCAAUCAUUAUCAUGAUUGCUUGCCCCCUCUGCAUGUAUCUAUAAUUGUGUUGGAAGAUGAUGAAGAGCGUCCGAAAGCUCUUCCUGCAUUGUCCGACUCCCAUUUCGAUGAAGACGACAAUGAUUUCAUCAAAGCAAUGAAUCUUGGUAUCCCCAAUUGGGCACGCAUUGACCCUGCUGUUGGCAUGUUGAUCGCCAACCAAAUUGAACGCGGUGGAAAGUUAAUGAUUGGCAUAUCUCACAUGUAUCAAAUCAUUGGAUCUGUCUCCCAUCCUCAGAGUAAGAUGACCGAGGAAGUUGUACAUACAAUCAUAUGCAAAUGGAUAUCAUUCAGACCUCAGGCCAAGAAAAAGUCCGACAUGAUCAACAUUGUCCAGUGUGCAGCUUACCAUUCACACUCAUUGAUCAAACUGGUGCACAGUGUCUUCACCAAGCCCAUCCAAAGAGCCCACUUUAUCGAAGCCCUCCCUCAAUGUGCCAAACGAGGUGAUGCCCAAUCAAUCCAAUUCAUAAUUGAUGUGGCCAGAGCAGCACCUCUUACAACUCGACCAAAAGUUGACAGAGAUGAGAUCAUUCCCUCAAACGUUGAGUCGCUGAAGGUCCUUUUAGACAAUGGUAUCAUAAGCAAGACCAAAACCGAUUGGGAAUCUCAGAUACUAGGCUUCAUGAACGAGGCAUGCAAUGGCGGGCAGAUAAAACCGAUUCAAAGUAUCGAUCAUUUGUACAACAAUCCAUUGGCAGGCAAUAUACCACAGUACGUGCCAUCACUUCGAGCAAUAACAUCGGCAGCAAUGGACAAUCAUUACCAGGUUAUUUCAUUCCUGUUUGGUGAGGAGAGCCAAUCAUCAGUUUGGAGAGCAAUGGCACAGCAUCCUCAACACAUCAUUCGGUUGCUGAAGCUACUACGAUUCAAGGCAUUCAAGUUUGGUCAUAUGAAGGUCAUCAGAUGGUGCACAAGCAGAAUCAAUCAAUUGGAGGGAGAGUUCAACAAAUAA